AUGAGGAAGAACCAGCAGGAAAAAAGGUUGGUAUAUAACUUAAAUUUUGUCCACAAAAACAUAAAAGAAGUCGAUUCCUCCCAAGAUUAUGACGAUUCCCAAGUAGAUGACUAUGUUCAUGAUGAUAACGAUGAAGAAGAAGUCCCUGCUCCGGAAAAAACGCUCGAUUCCGUCCUUAACAACAAAAAAACCUGGAUUCUGCCCUCGAGGCGAAAUUUUGGUGAUCUAAGAGAAUAA